UUUUUUGCGCCCCCUUGGGAUACUUAAUAAUAGCUGAAUUGUUUUGCAAUUUGGGAUUUUUUCCUCCUCCCCAUGAUCCCUUGCAGCUGGGUUGGGCAUGCAAAGCACCAGAGUCACCAUUGGUAGAUCUGGUCCAAAGUCCUCGCCCACUUCGCAUAACUAGGGCUCCAGCUCUGUGUGCCUCAACCAACUUUCCCUCAGAAGCUGCUCCUCUUGGACACCAGCUCGCAGGACCCUCUUCCCCAGCUGCGGACGAAAACUCAAAACAUCACAAUGGCAAAUAAACCUAUCCUCCACUACUUUAAUGGAAGGGGCAGAAUGGAAUCCAUUAGAUGGCUCUUAGCAGCAGCUGGAGUGGAGUUUGAAGAACAAUUUAUUGAAACAAAAGAACAAUUACAAAAGUUAAAAGCAACUGUCCUGCUGUUCCAACAAGUGCCAAUGGUUGAAAUCGAUGGGAUGAAGCUGGUUCAGUCCAGAGCCAUUCUCCACUAUAUUGCUGAGAAACACAAUCUACUUGCGAAAGACCUGAAGGAGAGAACGCUGAUUAUCAUGUACUCAGAGGGAACAAUGGAACUGAUGGGCCUAUUGGCAAUGCACGGUGUCCUAAAAGGAGAAGAGCAGAAGCAAAAACUCCAUGAAAUCACUAACAAGACCAAAAACAGAUACUUCCCUGCUUAUGAAAAGGUUUUAAAGACGCAUGGACAAAACUUUCUUGUGGGUAACCAGAUGAGCUUGGCAGAUGUACAACUCAUUGAAACUAUAUUAAUGGUGGAAGAGGUUAUCCCUGAUGCACUCUCUGGAUUUCCUUUACUCCAGGCAUUUAAAACUUGAAUGAGUAAUAUCCCAACAAUUAAGAAAUUCCUGGCCCCUGGAAGCAAGAGAAAGCCUGUUGCCGAUGCUAAAAGUUUAGAAAAUAUUUGCAAGAUCUUCUUCUGAUAAAACAGCAAACCUGACCACAAAGAGAGAGAUUCUGUGUGUGAUUACUCUG